AUGAGUGAAGAGUCACACGUAACGCUGGCCAUCUGGUCUCACUCGCAUGCGCCUCCGUUGAUACCGGCUGCGGAGAUCAGCUUUGAUUUGCGAAGGGUAACAAACCCACCGAAGCACAUUAGAGACAGUUAUGAUGGUCGUUCGAAGAGGUUGCGGGAGCAUCUUCUUCAUGACGCCACGUUCGUCAACCUGCUGCAGUCUGCCAUGGAGGAGAUCUUGAAAGUUGCGAAUAUUCGACACGACGAUGAAGUUUUGGAGCAAGCAUCUCAUCCAGAAGAAACCGGCUUCGUGGCUGGUGCUGAAACGACGACGAGCUCUUCACCACCAGCCACCGGCCCGUCGAAUCGCACAACACGCGAGGACAACCCCAGUGACGAUGACACUCGCGAAGCUGAAAACGCCGAUGAUGAGGAGGCGCAGGCACAGACAGCCUCGCAGACCACCGAAUACGACUCCGACCAGGAAGAACCCGACUCUUCGUCUGGGGAAAUUGAGCCGGGAGAGUCAGAGUCAGAGUCAGACUCGUCGCGAUUACUCCGCAUCAGCUGUUUCUGCGAACGAGGACGGCACCGGAGCGUCGCAUUUGCGGAGGAGUUGGGCAGGAUGGCGUGGCCGCGGGGAUGGGAUGUGUUGGUGCGGCAUAGAGAUGUGGAUGGUCAAGGAGGAGGGAAGAAGAGGAGGAAUGGGCGGUCGGGCCGUGAGGAUGGGAGGAGAGGCGGUAAGAGGGGGCUUGCAUUCGGCUUCGGUCCGGAUGGGGAUGAGCCGUGA